AUGGCUUGGACAGCUAGAUUUUUUCCAAUUAUUAAAUUGGGCAGAGGUAAUAGAUUACUGUCAAUAACUUGUAUUAAUAAUGGACCAGUGAUCCCCUUUAAAUUGUCGGACAUUGGUGAAGGAAUAAAAGAAGUCACCGUCAAAGAAUGGUUUGUAAAGCCAGGCGAUAAGGUAUCACAGUUUGACAAUAUCUGCGAAGUACAAAGUGACAAAGCCUCUGUAACAAUAACAAGUCGUUACGACGGGCAAAUUAAAGCACUUCAUUAUAAAGUUGAGGAGGUGGCACUUGUCGGUGAUGCUUUGGUAGAUAUUGAGUUACCAGAUGACACCUCCCAAGAAGUUGCUUCCCCCGGUCUAGGUGUCAAUGAACAAACAAUAUCACCACCCGAUAAAGACAAUAUCAACCUGAGCAACCUCAUACAAUCCAAAGGAGAUACAAAUGAAUUUUCCAAGACGAAUCAGGGUGAAAACUUUAAUAAUAACAAAAUACUUACCACGCCAGCUGUCAGGCGGCUGGCUGCUGAGAACAAUAUUGACCUUAAAGAGGUUCCGGCAACGGGAAAAGCCGGGCGAAUUCUCAAGGAAGAUCUUUUAGCUUUCCUCGAUAAAGAUCCCGGAAAAUUUAUUAAACCUGAAGGAAACCACCAGGAGGAUGAAAAUGGUGGAGACCCUCAAAUUGUUCCUUUGAUAGGAUAUCAGAAACACAUGUGGAAAACUAUGUCGCAAUCUCAGAAUAUUCCCCAUUUUGUUUACUGUGAUGAGUGCGAUAUUACAAAGCUAGUGGAGUUACGUAAUGAAUCAAAGGAUUACCUCGAAAACCAGGGAAUUUCAUUGUCAUUUACUCCAUUCUUUGUUAAGGCAACGUCAAAGGCAUUGGAAAAAUAUCCGAGAUUAAAUUCAUGGCUCGAUGAACAAGCCCAAGCACUAAAAACAUUUAAAACUCACAAUAUUAGUCUAGCUAUGGAUACUCCUCAGGGGCUGGUAGUUCCUAAUAUCAAGGACGUAAAAAAUUUAACGAUUGCUGACAUUGCUCGAGAACUUAAUCGACUUCAAGCUUUCGGUCAGAAGGCUGCUUUUCCUCUAAACGAUGUCACGGGUGGAACUUUUAGUUUAUCCAAUAUUGGAGCUAUCGGUGGAACAUACGCCAAGCCAAUGAUUCUACCACCCCAGAUAAUAAUCGGAGUUAUUGGAAAACUACAAAAACUACCACGCUUUGAUCAAAAUGGAACCAUUAAAUCAGCAAACAUUAUUUCUAUUAGUUGGGCAGCUGAUCACCGAGUGGUCGACGGGGCGACCGUAGCCAGAUUCUCCAAUCUCUGGAAGUUCUAUCUCGAAAAUCCAUCUCUCUUAAUCAUAUAA